CAACCCGCGGCAGAUAUGCUGGCUGGACUAUCUGGACGGGACGAUCGAAUUUGGGUCCCAAGUUAUCGUCUACUUUGCGAAUUACUAAUUCAAGAAGUCCACGAUUCAAAUUUAUCGGGACAUGUCGGGGUCGAUAAAACUCUGAAGGCGUUGCAACAGUUUUAUUACUGGCCAUAUAUGGUGACGGACGUGCAGCGUUACAUGGCCGUGUGUCCGAUCUGCCAGCGAAUGAAAUCAUCACAUCAGCAACCGACAGGACUGUUGCAGCCCCUUGAGCCACCUCAAUGCCCAUGGCAGCACGUGACGAUGGAUUUCGGUCUACCGGCCGGAUCCAGUGGAAACGACGCAGUAUUGCUUGUCGUCGACCGAUUGACGAAAAUGGUGCAUUUUGCACCAUGUCGUACAACCAUCACUGCCGAAGAAACCGCGCGCCUGCUCAUCUCGACCGUUGUUUGCCUACACGGGAUAUCAGCAGCAAUCAUUAGCGAUCGAGACCCGAAGUUCACGUCAAAUUUUUGGCAGGACACGUGGGCUCGGUACGGCACGCGCAUGCAGUUCUCAUCCGCUUAUCAUCCCCAAACGGACGGCCAGACAGAAAGGACAAACCAAAUGAUGGAGCAGCUGAUUCGGACAAACUACCUCGACCGAAACAAAUGGGAGGACGCGCUUCCCAUGUUGGAAUUCUCCUACAACAACGCGCCCUCAGCCACGACUAAUCACUCCCCAUUUUACCUCAAUUACGGGAUGGACCCCACAGUACCUAUCUCCACCAAUGUCGAGAGUCAAGUACCACGGUCGCAGCAUUUCGUCGAAGAAUUACAGACUGCUCGAGACAAGGCUGUCGAACUUAUUCGCAAGGCGAACGCUACUGCCCGACGGUAUGCGAAUUUACAUCGACGGGAUAUUACAAUUGCAGCAGGGAAACUAGUCCUUUUGGACACCAAGAAUUUACGGCUGCCACUACCGACAAACUUACGACCACGUUUCUGUGGCCCAUUCAAGAUCAUGAAGAUGCCUAUAACUUCUACAUAACAAUAUAUGUAUAAGUUGACA